GCUAUCGCAACAAGCUUGGAACGAGAGUGUCAACAUUAUUUGACAGAUGCUUUGAACAUAUCUGUCAGCUGCAAUGUUGCGAAAGUAGGGUAAAAUGAAAAUAAAAAAAUGUAAUUUCUGUCAGAAGAUCAAUUCAUUCUUUACAAAGGGCUGCGUAGUCCGCCAUAAUACUCAUAACAUUCAUAACUUGCAUACGGUUAUUACACGUUAUCUCAUUCCUACAAAACGAUCAUCUGGUCAAGGAACAUUAUGAAAGGCACAUCCUACACAGUGGUACCGCUACAUGAGAGAAUAGAGCUCACACCUCAGUGCUGUAAAUUAGUAAAUUCUGAAUGGCCAAGAAGCGAAGUUGCACGGUUGAGAAGCUUGAAUUCUUCGUGUGAUAAAUUUCCUACGUGUCUUCUGCUUUUGGAUGAUACAUAUGUCGUAGGGCAUUGUAAAAUAUCCUUAGUACCGAAUAUGUCGGACAGUUGUUUUAUAGAAUCUGUUAUAAUUGACCAAAGAUACAGAGCACGCGGACUUGGAACUAUGCUGAUGCAAGGUGCAGAGGAAUAUGUAGCAAAGCGAGGUAUUAUCAACGUUUUUCUAUCAACAAAGGGACAAGAGUACUUCUACAAAAAAAUUGGAUACAAGAUUUGCGACCCAGUAAGCUUAUAUGGAAACUCAUAUAUUACUGGUAAUGGAUUGCCUCCUAUUCCAAAGCAAGUACAAAAGGACUUAAGAUCAAACGGUCCAUCUCCGCCUCCUAUGCCUAUUAUACGAAAUUCUGGGUUUCCAUUUUCAACCGCGAAAACAUACAUGGUAAAAAAUAUGUGAAUUAUGAUAAUUGUUAUAAUACCGACGCUUAUUAUUAUUAAUACUGUCUGUAUUCCUUGUAAAAGAAAUAUAUUUUUGAGAUAUUUUUA